AUGGCCACAGUAAAUAACAAAGGAAGGAGAAAGAUGUGCGCGGCGAUAGGGGGAGAAAUUGGAGGUUUUGUGCAUCGGGUAAGGAUGCAUCGACUUUUUACUGAGCUGGAGCCAUCUGUAACCGUCACCGAGCAAAACCUGGCAGAGCGAGUUCGGUAUAUCUUGCGCUCAAAUAUAUUUGAUGACGCCGAACUCGAACGGCUACGACGUGAGGCUGUUCCCUCAUCAAAUGAAAAUGCUACGGCUGAGGAUGCGGUGCCACAAGUUGCAGAACAUCCCGCACACGUGGAUACCGCCGUGAAUACCCCAGUGGUGGCUGAUUCAAAUGAUGAUGGAACAUUCGCCCAGGAACUAGAAAUGGAGCAAAUGAUGUACUCCACAUUGGAAGAGACGAUUAUAGAAACGCGCAGUACGCCUCUCGAAAAUCGACCGCGACUUCCCCGCAUAGCCCUAAGCCAGCCGGGACCUUUGCAAUACGGACUCAAUUCUUUUUGGCGCCGCGCUGGCAGUCUGCCGUAUCAUAGGCGCCAAGGUUUCUACGGCUGGCCGCGCUACUGGCCAAAGUAG